AUGUGUGCAGAUAACAACACGAACCCGGUGGCUCAACCGUCAACGGCGACGGCUCAGGCAACGCAACCCAACGACACGACCGAUCAUGAAGUUGUGCUCAUUGCUGAGGACCACGACGAGAGCGACGCUGAAUCGAACCUUGGCAGCAGCGUUGCAUCCUCGAGUACGAGUGUCAGCAGUUCUAUCUUGGAAUACAGGAUAGAGAACGGGAGAACGUAUCACGCGUAUAAAGACGGCAAAUACUUCUUCCCGAAUGAUGAGAGGGAAAAUGACCGGCUUGAUCUCCAGCACAACCUCUUCAUCUUGACUUUUGAUAACAAGCUCGCAACUGCUCCACCCAAUGAUCCAAGAUCGAAGGUUGGCAAUGUUCUCGACGUUGGAACUGGUAGCGGUAUCUGGGCUAUCGACUUUGGGGAAGAGCACCCUGAUGCUGAGGUUUGCGGAGUCGAUCUUUCAGCUGUCCAGCCUGAAUUUGUGCCACCAAAUGUCAAGUUUGAGAUAGACGAUAUCGAUCAGCCUUGGACAUUCUCGAAACCAUUUGACUACAUUCAUAGUCGGAUGAUGAAUUCGUCCAUCAAAGACUGGAAGGCCUACAUACAGACGUGCUUCGACAAUCUGAGUCCCGGAGGGUACUUGGAGCUGAUUGAAUUCGAUGCCGUGCCAACAUCAGAUGAUGGCACCCUGAAGCCCGACUCAGCAAUCACGAAGUCCGCCACCCUACUCUUCGAUGCGGCAGCCAUCAUUGGUCAACCGUUCGAGGACAUCAGCAGGAUGAAAGAUGUCCUGAUCGAGACCGGGUUCGAGGACGUACACAAACAGCUCUACAAGUGGCCGACAAACUCUUGGCCCAAGAAUCCGAAGUACAAGGAGUUGGGAAUCUGGAAUCAUGAGAAUGCCAUCGCUGGCUGGGAGGGCUUCUGCAUGGCUCCGUGCACUCGGGUCCAUGGGUGGAGCAGGGAAGAAGUGCUUGUUCUCAUGGCUGAGGCCCGCAAAGAGUUCAAGGAUAGGACUAUCCAUGCGUAUUUCAACAUGUGA